GAGAGUUUUGCUAUUGCAGCUUUCACACACACACACACACAAGAGAAAACUCCCGUUUUGUGUGUCCAACUCAUUUAUUAUAUCCCGAGACGAUCGUAAUAGAACGUCUUACAGAGCCUGGCUCGCCCCAAGUUGGCGAACAUGGCUCCCAACUUUUGGUGAAACGAAUCGUUGAAAUAGAAAAAACAAGUGACACCAAACGACGAUCGAUAUAUAUCGCUUGAGCAAUUGUUUGACUUGUGUGUGUGUAGACACGAUUGCAAAAUCUAAGCGAAAGAGAUAAGAGACGGAGAUUGGAACUGGUUGGAGAGAUUUGUCGGUUGUUUAUUGUUGUGAACAAUGUGAUGGCUCGGCCUGUUUCCGUCGCUUCUCUCGAUUGUUCCAGUCAGUGGUUUUCUGUGCCUAUUGUUGUUGUCAGUGCUCCGUAUUAGUUUUUCUCUGGAAAGAAAAGGGGGAAAAACACACAGACACCAAAACAAAUACAUCUCCCACUCAUUUCGUUUGCUACCCCCCUUUGGUGGUGCACACCAAGGGCUGUCCAACGCCUCAGAGUAUGAGUUCGAUGCAACAGAACCCACUCAGAAACAGUUCCAACUCUCUCAGCAGUCAAGCCAGCAUGACAUUGCAAGCCGCCACCACCACUUUUACCAGUCAGCAGCAACUGCAGCCUGGAGCAGGGAAAGGCAAAUCCAGAAAAAGAAAAGAUCACUCUCCACCUUCCCCUUCACUGCUGCCAGAUGGAAACUCAGUGGUUCAGCAGCAGCAGCCAUGCUCACUGGCUAUACCCAUCACCUCCUCGUUCUCCAAGCCGGCCAACAAGCAAGGAUUUAGGUUCUCCCUUCGUCGAAUGCUCUACAACAGCCCGUUGGUGUCUCAAAGAAGGUCCAGGAGCCUCUCUGGUGGCAACAACAUUGGGAAUCCUGCACCCAGCAGCAGCAGCACCGGUGGGCUCAGGAAGAGGCAGUCCCCAUCCACAUCCCGAUAUGAGUCUGAAAGCCCUUCAGAUACCUCCAGCACUUCCCAGUCAGAGCUGCGAGUUCCCAACAGAUCUCUCAGGUGCCCCAUAUCUGAGAACUGGGAAUGUCCCCUGUGCCUGGCCGAAUGCUCCAGCGAAUUUUUCCCCGAACUUUUGUGCUGCACGCACCGUUCGUGCCUAGAUUGUAUGCAGCAAUACCUGCGAAUCGAGAUUUCAGAGUCACGUGUCAACAUCAAUUGCCCAGAAUGCUCAGAGCCCAUGCACCCAAACGAUAUUCGGUUGAUACUGAACAAUGAAAACCUACUGGAAAAGUACGAAGACUUUAUGUUGCGACGAGUCUUGGCUGCCGAUCCGGAUUCUCGAUGGUGUCCAGCCCCGGACUGCAAUUUCGUCGUUCUGGCUACCGGUUGCGCCAGUUGCCCCCGUCUACUGUGUCAACGCCCUGGAUGCGGCUCCUCCUUUUGUUACCAUUGCAAGGCCCUUUGGCAUCCGAACCAAACGUGUGACGCUGCCCGUGCUCAGAGAUCUUCCAUUUACGGAUCAUCGUCCAACUUUAAAAAUACUCAGCGUGACGACAUCAAACCGUGCCCGAGAUGCCAGGUGCUGAUAGCCAAGAUGGACGACGGCUCUUGCAACCACAUGACGUGCGCCCUGUGCGGCUCCGAGUUUUGCUGGCUGUGCAUGAAGGAGAUUAGUGACCUACAUUAUCUCAGCCCGUCCGGCUGCACCUUCUGGGGCAAGAAGCCCUGGUCUCGCAAGAAGAAGAUCCUCUGGCAGCUGGGCACCCUGGUCGGAGCCCCGGUCGGCAUCGCCCUCCUAGCGGGAAUCGCCGUUCCGGCAAUGAUCAUCGGCAUUCCCAUCUGGGUGGGCAGGAAGCUUUACGCCCGUUUCAAGACCGUCUCCAAACACAAGCGCAACAUCAUCAUCACUAGCGGCGUUGCGGCAUCGGUGUUGGUGGCGCCGGCCAUUGCGGGAGUGGCCGUCGGUAUGGGAGUGCCGAUCCUGUUGGCUUACAUUUACGGAGUGGUGCCCGUUUCGCUGUGCCAGAACGGCGUGUGCGGAGUGUCGGCUUCGCCGCUCGGCGUCCGCAUCGAUUUCGACGACGAUGAUGAUGUCAUUGUCGGGAUUGUGUCCGGCUCCUCGGCUGGAGGUGUGGGAAGCGCCGUUGGGACGGGCGUCGCAAGCGGAAGCGGCGGCAAUGGCAAUGGCGGCACCGGCGGCAGUGCCGGCGCUGGAUGCGCAGUAGGAACCGGAGGAAGUGAUGACCUUAGCGCGAUGGACGGCAGCAGCAACGACCACGGCGGGCCGACCGCCUAUUUCUCCCGCGGCGGCGCUGGCGGCAUAGGCGUCGGCCAGGGCAAACACAACACGGACGCCGUCUCACUCGAUCACUCCACCAACCUUGGCCUCGUCGGCAAUCCUUCCAUCGGGGAGGCGAGUGUUGCGCUGUCGGCUUCCGGGUCUGCUUCGCUGGGCAGCGCCAGUCAGCUGUUUGUUCGGGACCGUGAAAGCGACCGUGAAGAUUGCGAGUCGGCCAGCCAACUGGGGCUGGCCGGCAGCAUCGUUUCCAACGCCUCGGCCGCCCGGCGACUGGAAGUUCAAGCCGAGCUGGUGGCCAUGGCCGCCUGCUCGCCCAACAAGCGUUCCAGUUUCGCCUCCUCCGAAACGGCCUCUGCCACCAUCAGCCUGUCGGAGAGAUCCAACACCCUGUCGAUGGCCGACGACGGCGCCGCUUCAGUCGCCUCGACACGAGCCCUGGCCGGCUCGCUCCUCAGCUACAAGAUGGGAGACACGAGUUCGGUGCACAGUUACCGCAUCCCUCAUGCCGGCCACACGUCCGCCUCGGCAUCGGGCAGCGUCAAGUCCGGCUACGCCCCCAUUGAAAUUCACGCCUGCCUCAACGACGGUGACGAUUUGCCCAGUGGCGCCCGCUCAUCCAGUCCCGUCUCCAUCGUCUCCCUCUCGGGCGACGAGGUGACGCUGCCCGGCUUGGUCUCGCUGAGGCGAUCGGCCCGUCGGGCCCGAUUCGGCACUCAAGGGACGGCCGCCAGCGAUAGCGAAGAUCACGGCCAAGUCCGAUUCGACGAUCAAGUCAGUUACUUUGAUCGAACGACGGCCCUGGACACUGGAAACUACGCCACGGAUGGAUCGGAUGGCGUUCAAACUCCCGAAGAAGAUUAAGGAGCUACUUAAAAGGAGCGAAAAGAAGAAAAGAGAGAUUCGACCAAAAACAAUGAAAGAUCUAUGAGAAAUGAAUUGAAAAAGGAAUGUCGUUUGUCCAGCCAAUUGUACUCCCCCCAAUUAUCUUUCUGAAAAGAAAUGGAAAUAAUUUUUUUCAUCAUUCAUUUCCCGCCCUUUUUAUUUUUCAAAAAUAUUCUACGCAGUAUUUUUUCAUUUCGAUCCUGACUGUUUUUGGUUUUUUUCAAAUAAUUUCCAAGAUAUUUCUCCCGAUGCGUUGAUUGCGGAAGAUAUAUUAUAACUAGCUCUUGUUUGCUGUGAUCGCUGUGGAUGUGGUACUUAAAAAAAGAAGAGAAAAAAAAAGAAAGAAAAUCAAUUAUUAUUAAAUAUUAUCAUCACUUUUUCAAUUCAUUUUUUUGUUUGUUUUUUUUCGUGUUUUUUUAAUGUGUCGGCGUGAAUUGUUUACCUUCCCACUCAUGAUUUCCCUCCCAUAAUCUUUGGUAAUUGUCGAUGAGCUUUUGUGUAUCCCUCCUUUCAUAUUCCUCUCAGUCCGAUUGAAUUUUGGUGCCUAAAAUUCGUUUAUGGAUCUUUUACCCAAUUUUUUUAUUUUAUUUUUUUUAUUUCUGGUGCACUCCCGGGACACACAACGCGAAUUGAUUGAUAUCAAUGUUUAUAUUAAUUUCAUGUUCGGUUGUAUUUUUUGUUUAUUUUUCUUUAGACAAUAUCCCCCCCCCCCCCGAUGAAAUGUUUUCCUCAUUGGACUUUUGUGUAUACGCCGCACCUGUUGAAUUGAUUACCUCUCUCCACAAUUCGUUCUCUCCUUCCACUUUUGAUUUGUUCUCUUUUUGUUUUGUUUUGCUCUUUUUGGGUUUGUCGAGCCUGUCUCUCUUCAUCCGGAACGAGUCGUGUUCUAUCCGACAUCUUUUUUUAAUUCCGGACGGGGGAUUGAACUUGUCACUUCCAGUCGUUGAUUUCCCCUCUCCAGUUAUUUUCUGCUCUAUUUUUCUCUCUCUCUCUCUCUCUCUAUCUCUCUCUUCAAAGGCGAAUGAUCAAUACAGAAUUAUUACUACUA